CCACUUCCAGCCCCGCCCCUGCCGGCCACCUCCCAUGGCCAGGGCCGCUGCGCCCCUGCCCGCCUCCGCCCAGCAAUAGGAGUCGCACGUGGAGCGGGGCCAAUCAGAGGGCAGGCAGCGCCUGGCAGCAGCCAAUAGCAGAGCAGAAAAAGCGCGGGUUGCGGGCGCCCGCGGGGAAGGAAGAGAGGCGGGAGCAGAAGGCGCGGGGGACGUGCGCAAGUGCGGCGGAGGGGACUACCAGUCCCGGCGUGCCUUGGACUAGGCAGACGGGGCGAGGCGCCCUGGGAGCUGUAGUUCGCAUGGCGCGGGGCCGGGCCGCUUCGCUUGCAGCUGCAUUCCUCCCGCCCCGCUCCUCGGCGGGCGGAGCCAGCGGCGACGUGGGGGCUUCCAUGGCGGCGGCAGCGGAGCGGACGGAUGAGCUGGUGCGGGAGUAUCUUCUCUUCCGCGGCUUCACUGCCGCCCUGAAGCAGCUGGAUGCUGAGAUCAAGGCGGACCGAGAGAAAGGCUUCCGGGUGGAUAAGAUAGUGGACCAGCUGCAACAGUUUGUUCAGAGCUAUGACCUGGUAGCCCUGAGGGAUUAUUGGAGCUAUCUGGACCGACGUCUUUUCAGCCGCUUGGAGGAUGUGUACCGGCCGACGGUGAACAAGCUCAGAACCAGCUUGUUCCGAUACUACCUUGUCCAUACCGUUCAGACUGGCCGCAAUGACAAGGCACAGGAGUUUUUCCUCAAGCAGGCCUCCGAGCUCCAGAACCAGGCGGAGUGGAAGGAUUGGUUUGUCCUGCCCUUCCUCCCUACCCCAGAAUCCAACCCCACCUUUGCCACCUAUUUCUCGCGCCAGUGGGCAGACACAUUUAUUGUGUCUCUGCACAACUUCCUGAGCGUCCUGUUUCAGUGCAUGCCAGUUCCAGUCAUCUUGAACUUUGAAGCUGAGUGCCUGAGGAGCAGCCUCAUACAAGAAGAAAACGAAUCGUUGCGGCAUAAGCUGUUUGCUUUGCAGGCUGAAUCCUCCCGCCUGAAGAAAGAGGAACUGGAGAUGGAACAAGAAGUUGUGCAUCACAAGCUGCCUGCAUAUGUGGCCAACAUGGAUCGACUAGGGGACUCUGAGCUUGAUAUGACCUGCAGCCAGAGGAGUGCUGCACAUUCUCUUCAGUCCCGGGGAGGUUUUCUAUCUUCUUUUCUCUUGCAAAGUAAAAAAGGCCCUGCCAGACCAGCACAUCCAAGUGGGGCUUCUCCAACUCAGACUAGCAGUGUGCUGCUAGGGAAGAAAGAACCAACAAACCACCAGAGUGCCAAAGGAAAAGAAGGAGCAGUGAGCUGUAAGGAUGGGAAGAGCCAUUUCAGUGGGUUAGGAGCAGGCGAGUCCAGCUUCCUGCAGCAGCGGCAGAAGCGCUUGCAAGAGCAUGGGAAGGAAAGGAAGGAGCUGCUCUCAAAAGGGACCUCCCAGGGCCAAAGUGCUGAGAAGAAAACUGAUGCUAGCACAGCAGAGACAGAGCUGUGCUCAGAGCUGCAUGCUGAGCAAACAGAGACUACAACCAAACUGGCUGCCAACAGCGCCGAUGCCGCAGGGGUCCGUCAGGAGCAGCCUUUCAUUGUGCUGAGCCAAGAGGAGUAUGGGGAGCACCAUUCAUCCAUCAUGUACUGCAGGGUCGAUGGCUCUGGACGGAGGGUGGCCAGCUUGGAUGUGGAUGGGGUGAUCAAAGUCUGGUCGUUUAACCCCAUCAUGCAAACUAAAGCUUCCUCCAUUUCCAAAUCUCCGUUGCUGUCUCUGGAAUGGGCCACCAAGCGCGAUCGGCUGCUCCUGCUUGGCAGUGGGGUCGGGACGGUUCGGCUGUAUGACACAGAAGCAAAGAAGAAUCUCUGUGAAAUCAGCAUUGAUGAAAACAUGCCCAGGAUCCUCUCGCUUGCCUGCAGCCCAAGUGGUGCCUCCUUUGUCUGUUCUGCAGCAGCCCAGAGCCCCAUCUCCCACGUGGACUUCUCAGCAGUAAGCUCUGGUGGCAAAAGCAUGAACAAGGUUCCUGGGAAACUGCUACUGUGGGACACUAAAACAAUGAAGCAGCAGCUGCAGUUCUCCCUGGAGCCUGGGCCCAUUGCUAUUAACUGCACAGCUUUCAACCACAACGGCAACCUGCUGGUCACAGGGGCUGCAGAUGGCAUUGUUCGUCUCUUCGAUAUGCAGCAGCAUGAGUGUGCCAUGAGCUGGAAUGCUCACGAUGGGGAAGUCUACUCCGUGGAGUUCAGCUACGAUGAGAACACAGUCUACAGCAUAGGUGGGGAUGGCAAGUUCAUUCAAUGGAACAUCCACAAAAGUGGCUUGAAGGUGUCUGAGUACCAUCUUCCCAGCGCAGCCACAGGUCCCUUUGUGCUAUCCGGGUACAGUGGCUACAAGCAAGUCCAGUUCCCUAGAGGCAAGCUUUUUGCUUUUGACUCUGAGGGCAACUACAUGGUGACCUGUUCUUCUACUGGGGGAGUCAUCUUUAAGUUAAACAGUGAGGAAAAGGUUCUGGAGAGCUGCCUUUCCUUGGGAGGACACCGAGCUCCUGUUGUCACAGUGGACUGGAGUACAGCCAUGGACUGUGGCACCUGCCUCACUGCCUCCAUGGAUGGCAAGAUUAAAUUAACAACCUUACUGGCUCAAAAGGCUUAACGUGGACAGUGCUGAAGGUGACAAAGCAAGAGCCUUGAUAAAAUCACUGCUAACUUUACACCAACGAACUGCAUGGGACAGAAGGCAGCCCACAGUGCUCCUUCUCACUGCAGCUUUGGCUCUUGCCAAACGUUCAAUACCUUGCCAAAGCACUGUGCAAGGGGAUGCCAGUACGGCAGCAGAGCAGCGGCAGCCCUGCAGAGUAAGUUUCCACUGAGCCACUGUGGUAGCUGCACUCCCUCCACUAGGAGUCGUGGGUAGCAGCGGGAGAGAAGCUGCUGGGGUCACCGCAGGGCUUCUGAAGGGGCUGAGGUGGAGCAGAGGCAGGUGGCAGCACAGCGCAUGGAGCUACGAUGGGGCAGAGUGGAAAGAGCUGUGCCAAAGCAGACUUGUGUGUUAGCAGAGCAUUUGUUGUUGCCUUUCCUUCUCUGCCUCUCUCUCGGCCCUUCACCCGCCUCUCUGUCUACCCCCCCGAGUCCCCCGCGUCUCCGCCUGUCUGCCCCUGCCCCCCGCCCCCGUCCCUCUGUCUCCCUGGCCCUCGGCCUCUGUCUCCCACCCCCUGCCUCUCGGUCUGACUCCUCCUCCACCCCCUCGCCUCUCUGGCUGCCUCCCCCCACGCUGCCUCUCUGACUCCUCCCCUGCCCCCCCCCCCCCCCCCCCCGCCUCUCUGCCCCCGCACCUGCCCCCUGCUUCCCACGCUCUACUGCUUGCCCUGCGCUACCUUUCCUCUCUGACCCCGCGCCUCUCUGCCUUCCCCCCACGCUUGCCUUUCUGCUGCCGCCUCUCUGCCCCGCGCACUCUGCUCUGUUUGUCACUCUGACCCCCAACCACCUCCUUACUGACUGACUCCUGCCCCUCCCCGCCCCUCUCUGCCUCUCCCCUGUCCUCCUGUCUGUCUCUCUGCUCCUUCCAGCUUCUCUCAUCCCCCCUUCUCUCUCUCUCAUCCCACCUCUUUUCUCCGCUGGGUAAAUGAUGUUUGGGGUCUUUUCUACAACAAGAAAACAUUUCCUUGCACUUGAUUCCUGUGCUCUGUUCAGCUCUGUCAUCAGCCCCUACUCUUACCCUGCUUUGGGCACCUGCUGCAGCUCAACUCAUGGCAGCAGCCUGCAACUUUGCUUCUCCGUGGCCGAAGAAGCAAAGUGGUCAAGAUCUCAACAUUCUGCUUCAUUAGGAAUGCUGGGAGGGAGGGAGGGAUAUGGAGUCCCCAGCAGGCUUUGGCUUGUCUGCCCAGCUGUUUUGAGCUCUCUUGACUGCUUGCUCAAAAGGUGGAAGGCAGACCAGCAGAGCAAGGGACGUUCCUCUCUCCUUCUCCCUCUGCUUGGGGUUCCUCAAAAGGUGAGGCUGGAGCAGAGGCAUGAGGCAGCACAGGGCCUGCCGACAGGAUGGGCCAGACUGGCCAGGCCUGUGCCAAACCAGAGUAUACUUUCAGAGAGCAUCUGCUGUGCUUUUGUUUUCUUUCCUUCUUUUUCUGUCCCUUGUUAUUUUUCCUUUCUUUUUUUUUCGUUGUUUAGCUCUGAUUUGCUUUUCUUUUCUUUGGCCUUUUUUCCCUCUUCUCCUUUGGCCUUUUUUCCCUCUUCUCCUUUGGCCUUUUUUCCCUCUUCUCCUUUGGCCUUUUUUCCCUCUUCUCCUUUGGCCUUUUUUCCCUCUUCUCCUUUGGCCUUUUUUCCCUCUUCUCCUUUGGCCUUUUUUCCCUCUUCUCCUUUGGCCUUUUUUCCCUCGUCUCCUUUGGCCUUUUUUCCCUCUUCUCCUUUGGCCUUUUUUCCCUCUUCUCCUUUGGCCUUUUUUCCCUCUUCUCCUUUGGCCUUUUUUCCCUCUUCUCCUUUGUCUUUCUCUCUUGUAUUUUUUAAAUAAUUUUUUCUCUUUUGCCUUAUUUUUCUCUUUUUCCAUUCUUUCUCAUUUUUCUCCUCUUAGUUUCUUUUCUCCUUGUGGGGAAAAGCUGUUUGGGAUCUUUUCCAUUAAGAAUAAAGUAUUUACUUGCACUUUA